UGUCUUGGUUUUGAUUGUUCUCUGACACGAGAUCUGUUCCGUUCUGUAGUAGAAGUACAACCAGGUAUCAAGGAUGUUGACGAAUGAAACGACCACUGGCCGAGACGAUGCUGGCAAGGGAUGCAUCCUUGAGCUACAAGACUAUCAUUUUGACUCAUGCAACAAAACCAGGAACGAGGAUGACGCAACUGACAACGACGAUGGUGGACAGGGAUUGUCUAAUUAUCCGCAUCCGACAACAAUUCCCAUCAAGAUAGAAUGUGUUGAUACUGGGGAGCAUGGUGCCCAGGAACAAAGACUGCAGCAGGCGAAUGAAGAGGAGAACUAUUCGAUUCCGAUUCCAAUGCAAAACGAGAAUGAGAACGAGAACGAAGCAACUGACAACGACCAUGGUGGACAGGGAUUGUCUAAUUAUCCGCAUCCGACAACAAUUCCCAUCAAGGUAGAAUGUGUUGAUGACGCGGAGCAGGCCAAUGAAGAGGAGAACCAUUCGAUUCCGAUUUCGAUGCAGAACGAGGACGAGGAUGAGGACGACGCAUCCAACAAUGAUGAUGCUGGACAGGAAUUGUCUAAUUAUCCGCAUCCGACGACAUUUUCCAUCAAGGUAGAAUGUGUUGAUGUCGGGGAGCACAGAUUGCAGCAGGCGUUUGAAGAGGGGAACCAUGCGGUUCCGAUUCCAAUGCAGAACGAGAACGAGAACGAGAACGAGAACGAGAACGAGAACGAGAACGAGAACGAGAACGAGAACGAGAACGAGAACGGAGCCCCACAGCAUCAACAUGAAAAUGAACAUCAACAUGAACAUCAGCAUGAACACGAACAUCCCCAACAGCCAGAACCGCCGGAGCAUCAACUAGGACACCAGGCACAACAACAUCGGUCACACCAGCAGCAGCAAGACGUCGCGCAAGCCGAUGCUACAAACAACGACCUAGACGCCUCCGACGAACUCAGCGAUGGAGAAGACGGCAACGGCAGCCCUGGCAAAUCCCCUCAGGUCCCACCGACGACGGCCGCUGUUACGACGGUGGGCGAUUCUUGGAAGGACUGGGCUCCGGACCCCACUUCGUCCCUUUUCCCCCGGACUUUUGUCGGUGUGCUCCGAAUUAUGGACGAUCCGGGAGUGCUCGGGAUCCCCCAGAGGUACGGCCUGCUCCGGUCCGGCAACGACGACGACCCUUCCGCUCGCCGUUCGCGCUACUACUCCUUCGAGCACGAGUUGUUCCACCACGACCGGCACGGCAACCGCAAAGGCAUCAAGACGAGGACCUAUCUUCGAAAACUCAAGAAGAGGGGCGACCCAAGGCUCUCCUGGCACCAGUCAAGGAGGUCCUGGUCACCGGCCGAGCGCCAGAAUCUGAAGCACUUUGUGGAGGUCUUGAUCGAGAUUGCCAUGGCUCAUUUUAUGGCGUGACGAGAAUGCAGGCGAUGCAAUGCGGUGCGGUGCAGGGGGAGGGGGAAGGGGAAGGGUGCACUCUUCGAAUGUGUUUUCGACAUUGCCGGGGACUCCGAUGCCUCUGGCUGACUCACACUGUUCCA